AGCGUCCUUGGAAACACAUUUGAGUUGAGUGGCAAAUGUUUUAAUUCAAUUAAACAAUAAUUAAAAUAUGUGAGAAUUUAUAGCGAUUAUGUAUGAAAACGACAGGAAAGGCCCUGCAUCAGGUUGGGAGAGAGCUGAAACUUUGGUUGGCGUCCCAUAUUAUGUCAAUCAUGCAACUGAAACAACGCAGUGGGACCAUCCAGAAAUGACACUAUUGAUGAAUGAAAUGUCAUUGGCUGAUGACAUAAAGUAUGCUGCAUAUCGCACUGCAGUAAAGCUAAGAGCAAUUGAAAAGAAAAUUCAGGUUGAUUCAGUGAACUUGCUAACCAUCAGAGCAGUAUUUAAUGAUCUUGGAUACGCAGAAGGUUUCACAGAAAACAAAAUUAAUGUUCAACAACUUGAAGAAGUAUUAAGAGAAAUGUUUACUCGCGAACGUGAAAAAGGCGGAGAUGUGAACGUGGCAAAUGGUGUAGAACUAACUCUCAACUGGCUGUUGAAUACUUACGAUCAGACUCGAAGUGGAUCCAUUCGAAUUAUAUCAGCAAAGAUUGGUCUGGCUUGUUUAUCAGUUGCAAGUGUUCAGGAAAAGUACAAAUAUUUUUUCGAUCAGAUUUCAUCAAGCAAGGGUUUUAUUGACAAGAAACGGCUGCGUGUGUUUUUAAGAGAUGCAUUACUGGUUUUGAAAUAUAUCAAAGAGUACCAUUCGUUUGGAAGAUCUGGUAUUGAACCCACAGUAAACAGUUGCUUUGAUCGGGCGUUCAUCCCCGACAGAGUAAGUCAACUUGAAUAUUUGGAGUGGAUGAUUGAUGAACCACAGACUCUUGUUUGGAUACCAACCUUGCAUCGACUUGCAAUGUCAGAAACAGUAACACAUGAAGGAAAGUGCAAUAUUUGUAAGAUGUUCCCAAUCGUUGGGUUCAGGUAUCGAUGUUUGAAAUGCUUUAAUUUUGACAUGUGCCAGAAUUGUUUUUGGUCCGGACGAGUGGCAAAAAAUCAUAAACUUCGUCACCAAACGCAAGAAUACUGUUUACCAGCAACCCAAAAAGAGGACAUAAAAGAUUUUGCUAAAGUCAUAAAAAGUAAAGUUGGAAAGAAAAAAAAGAAGUCAACGAAACCAAGAUAUCUUCCAGUCACGAAUGAAGCAACGACUUAUGCUUCAAACGAAGACACGGAAAAUGUUGAUUAUGCAGACAAUGAAAGUACAACAUCUUUCGAUUCCCACGAUAUUGAGUCAGAAAGGUUAUCAGAGGCGAAGGAGAUUCCAAAGAAAGAUAAUCAAUAUUCUUCCUCAGAGGUUCUCACAUCAAGUCCUGAUGUAGAUGAUGAACACGAAUUGAUAUCUUACUAUACCUCACGUUUAAAUAACAAAUCUCCAGCACCAACGACUAGCACUCCGAUGCAGGCGACCACACUGGAGAGAGAUCAAGUAAGCGAAAUGGAACAAAUUAUUGUGAGUUUAGAAGACGAUAACAGAUAUCUACGAGAAAAGAUCUUGGACAUCCAGGCGUCAGAGCAUGGAAGACGUCUGAACCAGUCUCUUGAGUCUGACGAACGAGAAGUAAUAGAGGAAUACAAUAAAAGACUGGAAGCCAGACAAGAAGUUUUAGAAGACCAUAACAAUCGUCUUGAAGAACAGCUUACAAAACUACGUCAUUUUAUAAACCAGAAAAAGUCACCUCACACCAGCAAUAGCUUGUACAAAACAAGUGGUCUUCAAACAUAUGAUUUUACGUCUCAAAAUGUUUCACACGUUUCAUCCCCGCCGCGGUUAUUAAACUCUUCGUCACGCCGUUACGAAAGGCUCCGGCCAAAACCAGAGUUGCGCGGACAAUCACAGAGUACGGGACGUGCUGCUAUAUUACUCCCACCACCAUCCACACAUCUGGUUAAAUCGGUUAAACCAUCUGCUGUUCCAAAGAGCGCGGAAGAUGAACUUGGAUCUGGUACGAACGAUGGGAUUCUCCGUCCCAGUAUCUCAAUGUCCUCGGACGAGGAUCUUCGUGCAAUUGAAAUCCAGAUGGAGGAACUUUUAGAACGGGAGAGUCCUGGUAAAGACUCAAGGGCCGAGUCUGAAACCGGCACCCUGCCCGCGUAUGCUGCAGACUCUGACUCCUCAGAUGAACAACAGCAAUACUUGCUUACAGCGGCAAGUAUGGUUGGAGACGCAAUGGAUAGUCUAGUUUCUAACCUCUCAAGAGAUCAACCAAGUUGGAACCAUUUGGAUCUUGUCUUAACUGGUGGUGAUGAGGAAGUUUAAGAUGGUAGACUGUAUUCUAAUCAUCUAAUUUGUGCGAAAUAAUUCAGUAAUAAGACUCGAAUAUGGCUGAGUAAUUUAAAAUAUUUUAUUUGUAUAUAUUAGAGUUUGAAGCCGAAAGAAUAACGUCGCUUUGUCAUUUUUUAAAAGAAGUUAAACAACUGACUAUGGUUGAGCUCGAUCUAUAUGCAUAUGAGCUCGAUAUCGUAUAGUUUUAAUAACUCCCGUCAGAAAGAAAAUUAGAAAUUUUAGAUUUAGGAUGAUCAUGCAUGUGGCUAACACUUCCCAUACAUCAUAAGCGGUCUUUCUUCAAAAAGUCAACCGUGAUUACAUCAGUACGAUUCUAUAUGUAAAUAAAAGUGUGAA